AUGGUGUACCCAUCCGUUACCGAGUUGUCCUCCGGGACCGAUGCUUCUAAGCCAUUGACCAAUGGCUAUAACGGCUUCGAUCAUUUCUCCUCUUCGGAGCAGGCUAGCGACCAGGAGGACCUUGUCAUGAGCGAUGCCGAAAGCGAAACGUCUGAUUCCUCUCACGUCAACACCAAUAACAGUGCGGGAGCCGGAGAUGACAAUAACCGUGAAUAUUCUCCUGCUGGGAACUCUAGCUAUGAUGAUUCAGAUAUGGAGAGCCGGGCCGGCAAUGGCUCAAGAAACGGCUCCUCCGCGUCGUCAUCACCGGGCUCUAGUCAUGGAGUGAACCGAAAAUCGGCCGUCAACGAGACUGACUACAUCAGAAGCAACCCGGAACUUUAUGGCCUCCGGAGGAGUGGUCGCUCUAGGACUGAACGUCGCCAGACACUAGUCGACUCCGACGAGGACGACGAGCCAAAAGCACCACGUUCAAAGCGAAGGCGCAUUGUCAACUCACAGCCUCCGUCGAAAGAGUCUUCUCGAUCAGUGACUCGGUCGUCUCCUUCAGACUCAGAUACAGAUGAGUACGGUGGUACCUCUUCGCGCUCAAGGCGUCGCCAACUACAAGCAGCGAAAGUCAGUAUCCCGGCCGAGGUGCGAUUUUCCAGUAGGAAAGCAACAAAGGUUGCAAAUUACAAUGAAGAUUCCGACGAUCCGUUCGAAGAGGACGACGAAGACGCCACACCAAACGAUGUCGGCACAGCUCAGUAUUACAACGGUCCUGGCAUCGACUCCGUUCUGGAUCACCGUCUCAAAGAUGGAGUUGACCCGAACAUCAGUGACCUCGACGUUACGAUCCGUGACUGCCUCUACUAUAUCAAAUGGCAAGACCAAUCUCACUAUCAUGCCACUUGGGAGUCGAGUGACAGUCUGAAAUAUCACUCAGGCUUCCGCAGGCUAGAAAAUUACUUCAAAAACAAAGUCAAGACUGACCUGUACUUGAACAAUGACCCCGACGUUGCGCCGGAAGAAAAAGAAAAGUGGAACCUUGAUCGCGAGCGUGACAUUGAAUCACUGGAAGACUACAAGAAGGUGGAGCGGAUCAUCGGCCACCGUGAGGGUUUAGACGAAACUGAAUAUUAUGUGAAAUGGAAACGGCUGAACUACGACUCCUGCACGUGGGAAAGUGACGCUCUAAUCAAAGAAAUCGCCAUUGACGAACUCGACCAGUUCCUGGAUCGUAAUGAUAAAGUUGUUUCUUGUGACAAAAGUGAAAUGCAACCUAGAACGAGAUCACCGCAUGUGCCUAUCACGGGCUCUCCACCUUUUCUGCAAAACGGCCAGCUAAAGGACUUUCAGGUCAAAGGCUUGAAUUUCUUGGCUUACAAUUGGUCUCGCAAUCAAAACGUGGUUCUCGCCGAUGAGAUGGGUCUUGGUAAGACCGUCCAGACUAUCGCAUUCAUCAACUGGCUUCGUCACGUUCGUGGUCAAGACGGGCCCUUCAUUGUUGUGGUACCCCUUUCCACUAUACCGUCAUGGUCUGAGACAUUCGAGUACUGGACACCAGAUAUCAACUAUAUUGUCUACACUGGUUCAAGUCAAGCUCGGCAGAUUCUCAAGGACUACGAACUCAUGAAAGAUGGAAACCCACGCAAGCCGAAGUUCAAUGUUAUGCUGACUACAUUCGAAUAUGCCAACAUGGACUUUGACUUCCUGCGACAAUUCCCUUGGCAGUUUAUGGCCGUAGACGAGGCCCAUCGCUUGAAGAAUCGAGAGUCUAACCUUUACGGAAACCUUCUCGAUUUCAAGGCCCCUGCCCGGUUGUUAAUUACAGGAACACCGAUCCAGAAUAACCUUGCAGAGUUAUCGGCCUUGAUGGACUUCCUCAAUCCUGGUUUAGUCGAAGUUGAGGUGGAUAUGGAUUUGAAUUCUGAACAGGCGUCUGAGAAAUUGGCUAAACUUCAAAAUACUUUGAAACCUCUUAUGCUACGUCGAACCAAGUCCAAAGUCGAGACGGAUCUCCCCCCAAAGACAGAAAAGAUUAUUCGCGUUGAACUAUCUGAUAUCCAGCUUGAAUACUACAAGAACAUUCUGACGAAAAACUACGCUGCAUUGAACGAAGGUGCCAACGGUCAAAAGCAGUCGCUGCUCAACAUCAUGAUGGAACUUAAGAAAGCCAGCAACCAUCCUUUCAUGUUCCCCAAUGCCGAAGCCAAACUUUUGGAGGGAGAACCACGCCGUGAGGAUCUUCUACGUAUAAUGAUCACCAGUAGUGGCAAGAUGAUGCUUCUCGAUCAGCUUUUAGCUAAGCUGAAACGCGACGGCCAUCGGGUUCUCAUUUUUAGUCAAAUGGUGAAGAUGCUUGACAUUUUAGGUGACUACAUGCGAUACCGAGGCUAUCAAUACCAGAGGCUUGACGGUACAAUCAGUGCUACAAACCGUCGGGUCGCUAUGGAACAUUUCAACGCCCCUGACAGCUCGGAUUUUGCGUUCCUCCUGUCCACCAGAGCGGGAGGUCUUGGAAUCAACCUCAUGACUGCUGAUACUGUCAUUCUUUUUGAUUCGGACUGGAACCCCCAGGCUGAUCUUCAAGCAAUGGCUCGUGCACAUCGAAUUGGUCAAACCAGGCCUGUUAGUGUUUACCGUCUCGUGUCCAAAGACACGAUCGAAGAGGAGGUGCUGGAAAGAGCUCGAAAUAAGCUCAUGCUAGAGUUCAUCACCAUUCAGCGUGGCUUGACGGAGAAAGAUGUUCUCCCAGGUAAACACAAUCGUGCUAUGGGUGAGCCCACUGGAACAGACGAGAUCUCGCGUAUCCUCAAGCGACGUGGACAGAAAAUGUUUGAGCAAACAGGGAACCAAAAGAAACUCGAGCAGCUCGACAUUGACUCUGUUCUUGCAAAUGCCGAGGAACACAAAACAGAGCAGACUGAAGGAUUGGAAGCCGACGGUGGCGAGGAUUUCCUCAAAUCUUUUGAGUUCGUUGAUGUGAAAGUUGAUGAGAUGUCUUGGGACGAUAUUAUCCCUAAGGAACAACUUGCUGAGAUCAAAGCUGAAGAAAAACGCAAAGCAGACGAGAGGUAUCUACACGACGUUAUCGAGCAGAAUCGGCCUCGAAAACGCAAUGCACCCAAUGAUGCGUUGGAUGAGCGGGAAGAACGGAAAGCCAAGCGUCGCGCACGAGCCCAAGUCAACAUGGAAACUGCUGACGGAUCGGACUCCGAUACCCAAGAUCCGAAGCGCUCGCUCAAGGAGAAAGAACUUCGCCAUCUCAUUCGGGCAUUUUUGCGCUAUGGGGAUAUCGACGAACGGGAAGAGGAUGUUGUACGCGAAGCUCGUCUGGUUGGGCGUGAUAGAGACACUGUCAAAGCUGCUCUUCGAGAGAUCACUGACAAGGCAUCUCAGUUGGUCAGAGAGGACAGGGAAAAGUUAGAGGAGAUGGAAAGGUCAGGUAAAAUCCCAACAAAGAAGGAGAAGAAAGCGGUUCUUUUCGAUCACCAGGGUGUCAAACGAAUCAACGCCCAUACCAUUGUCGAGCGACCCGAGGAGAUGCGUGUACUACGUACAGCAACCCAAGGGUUGACUGACCAAACUAGUUUCCGGGUUCCUGAAGCCUCCAAAAAGGCCGAUUACACGUGCCCCUGGGGUGCGCGUGAAGAUGGCAUGCUCUGCGUCGGUAUCGUCCGGCACGGUUACGGAGCAUGGCCAGAAAUCCGCGAUGAUCCUGAGUUGGGUUUAGGUGAUAAGUUCUUCCUCGAAGAACAUCGUGUUGAUAAGAAAAAUGAACGCGCAAAUGCAGAAGCAAAAGGAACCAAGUCGCCUGGAGCCGUCCAUCUUGUCCGCCGUGCCGACUACCUGAUUUCUGUUUUAAGGGACAAGAGCUCGAAUGGUCAUAGCCUCACCGCUAGAAAGGCUGUCGAAAAUCAUCACCGCAACAAGAAAUUUCAAAACCUCUCGCGCCGACAGCCUAGUGUUUCUGCUUCUCCAGCUCCUUCGAGUGGCCGAAAAGUUCGUCGUGAAUCAGAGAAGCCUCGCCAGCGGUCACACACGAAUGGACCUCGUGAGAGUAUUGAGCGUGCAAAUACUCCUAGAGCUGAACCUACGAGGAUCAAGAAUGGGCACGCUACCGAAAAGGUGCACAAACGAAGUCAGAAUGGAGUUCAUGAGGAUCAUUCUCGACCUCGUAGUGUUAGCGCUACUGCACCUCCAUCUACCAUGGAAGACUCGAUUUUCGAACCCAAAGUUCAUUUGUUGCAUAAGCUCCGUGAUGUGAAGAAGAACAAUCCUGGCAAAGAGGAACGCGCCAACGAGAUGCGCCGUCUUAUUUUGAAGAUUGGCAAUUUUAUCAAACAGCUCCUACGCAACGAGAACUAUCCCGGGUUGGAGGAUAGGCUUUGGGGACAUGUCGCCAAAAAUUGCUUUCCUCCUGGCAAAGCAACGCUCGGCGGUAUCAAAACCAUGUACGAGAAGGUUGUCGCCAACAACAGAGACACAGCCACUACUGCCAGGUAG